UUCUUCAAGCAAUCACUAUGUCAACAGACACAAGUGUUUCCCUUCCUUCAUAUGAGGAAGAUCAGGGAUCCAAACUUACUCAAAAAGCUAAAGAGGCACCAUUCAUACCUGUUGGAACAGCAGGUUUUGCAGCAAUUGUUGCAUAUGGAUUAUACAAACUGAAGAGCAGGGGAAAUACUAAAAUGUCCAUUCAUCUGAUCCACAUGCGUGUGGCAGCCCAAGGCUUUGUUGUAGGAGCAAUGACUGUUGGUAUAGGCUAUUCCAUAUAUCGGGAAUUCUAGGCAAAACCUAAGCCUUAGAAGAAGAGAUGCUGUCUUGGUCUUGUU